AUGUCCAAGUGGGAAUUCAACGUGCCUCACAAAAUGUGCAAUGGUGGCCAAAGUUUUAGUGCCCUGCUUUCUGUCCAAUCUGGGCUGCUGAUGGUGAAAGGAGGAAGUCCCACUAGUAUUUCUGCUCCUGAGAUCAUCACUUUAUUUCUUGGUGUAGCUCUCACCUUCCUGUGGUUUGGAGUUUGGAGAAGGAUCUUCAAUGAGCCCAGAGUCUGGACAGCCCAUGGUGCAGUGUUAUCGAGUGAGAAGGCUGUGCUGCCAGACUUAAAGCAGAGUCUCAAGCUACUGUUGUGUGGUAUCUGUCCAUCUUCCGGCCUGAAAGGGGAGCAGAGAAAGAAGAAAAGAUGGCAGUUUCUUGAGAAUGUGUUUGAGGAGAAUCAGAAGGCCCAGGAGUUCCUGGAGGCCAGAUCCAGAGCAACAUGCAGUUAUAGCAGAAAAGGUAGAAGUAAGAUUGAACAGUUACAAGAGAAUCAUUCCAUCAAAGAGCAGUAUAACUACCAAGCAAGUAAAAGUUUCCUUUUUUUCAUUACAAUAUCAUUAAGUAAAUUUUCACUUUUUUCCAGUAAUACAGUAGAAAUCUCUGAGGCCAAAGAACAAAGUCAAAAUGGUGGGAAUCCUCAAGAAUGUGAAGUAUACAACAAAGAAUUGACUUAUUCCAGUCAGCUUAAAAGACAGAGAAGAAUUCCCAUUGGAAAGAAACCUUAUCAACGUAAACAUUGUAGUAAAACAUUCAGUCAAACCGGUGAUCUUCACAGACAUGAAUGUAAACAGUGUAGGAAAACAUUCAGUUGUUCCAGUAAACUUCAGACACAUGAAAGAACGCACAGUGGAGAGAAGCCCUAUGAAUGUAAACAAUGUUGUAAAACAUUCAGUCGAUGCAGUUAUCUUCGGAUACAUGAAAGAACUCACAGUGGAGAGAAACCCUAUGAAUGUAAACAAUGUAGGAAAACAUUCAGUCAGUCCAGUCAUCUUCAAACACAUGAAAGAACUCACAGUGGAGAGAAGCCCUAUGAAUGUAAACAAUGUGGUAAAACAUUCAGUCAAUCCAAUAGUCUUUUGAGACAUGAAAGAACGCACAGUGGAGAGAAACCCUAUGAAUGUAAACAAUGUAGGAAAACAUUCAGUAAUAACAGUGCUCUUCGGAAUCAUGAAAGAACGCACAGGGGUGAGAAGCCCUAUGAAUGUAAACAGUGUUGUAAAACAUUCAGUCAAUCCAGUCAUCUUCGGACACAUGAAAGAACUCACAGUGGAGAGAAACCCUAUGAAUGUCAACAAUGUAGGAAAACAUUCAGUGCUUCCUGUUCUCUUCGGAAACAUGAAAGAAAGCACAGUGGAGAGAAGCCCUAUGAAUGUAAACAGUGUAGGAAAACAUUGAGUUCUUCCAAUAGUCUUUGGAGGCAUGAAAGAAUUCACAGUGGAGAGAAACCCUAUGAAAGUAAACAGUGUAGGAAAACAUUCAGUUGUUCCAGUAAUCUUAGGACACAUGAAAGAACGCACAGUGGAGAGAAGCCCUAUGAAUGUAAACAGUCUAGUAAAACAUUCAGACAAUCCUGUCAUCUUCUGACACAUGAUAGAAUUCACAGUGGAGAGAACAUCUUGGAAUGGAAACAAUGUAGUAAAGCCUUUGGUGAUUCCUCUACUCAUCAGGUACUUAAAAGAACUCACAGUGGAGAGCAAGCCUAUGAAUAUAGAUGAUGCAGUGGAAUAUUCAGUCAAUUCAGUCAUCUUUAAUCACAAGAAAUAAUGCACAAUGGAGAGAAACCCUAGUAUUAUAGAUAAUACAGAAAACCUUUCAGUUCUUCCACUACUCAUAGAGCAUAUGAAAAUAAGCACAGUGUUACUUAAACAGUGAGUUUGGUAAUCUUCAGUCACAUAAAUGUGUUCACAGUGCAGAUAAAACAUUAAGUAAAAUUUUAAAAAUAGAGAUCAUAUUUUCUUUUUUAUUUAUUUUUAUUAUUUAUUCCCUUUUGUUGCCCUUGUUUUAUUGUUGUAGUUAUAAUUGAUGUUCUUGUUGGAUAGGACAGAGAGAAAUGAAGAGAGGAGGGGAAGACGGAGAGGGAGAGAAUGAUAGAUACCUGCAAACCUGCUUCACCACCUGUAAAGUGACGCCCCUGCAGGUGGUAAGCCGGGGACUCAGACUGAAAUCCUUGCACCAGUCCUGGUACUUUAUGCCACAUUUGCUUAACCCACUAUGCUACCGCCCGACUCCCAAGUUCAUAUUUUCUUCAUAAUCUACAUAUACUACAUAUACCCAUCCCUAUAUGCUUGUAAGGAAUAUGAAUAAUAUGUAUUUCCAUUCUUUAUCUCUAAUUUUAUUUUUUAAAUCUAAAUAUGUAUUUUUUCAUGUAGAAUGAUAGGGAGAGAUACAGAUAGAAUGAGACUUCACUCUGCUACACGUCUGUGCUGCUGGGGAUUGAAUUUGGGACUUCCUGCUUGAGAGUCUAAAGCUAUAUUACUGCACCACCUCCUGGACUAUCUUCAUCUUCAGUUCUAAUACAUAGAAAAGCCCACUGGAUACUGAAAGUCUAUUAAUGUGAAAAUUGUUAAAUAUUUAAAUAAAGUGACAUUUUUCACACAUAGGAAUGCACUAGCAUUAGAAACAAGACCUUGGGACUGGGUGGUGGUGCAUCUGGUUGAGUACAUAUGUUACAAUGUGUAAGCAUCCAGGUUCAAGACCCUGAUCCCCACCUGCUAUGGGAUAGUUUCAUGAGUGGUUCCACAAAAAAAAAAAAGAAAGAAAGAAAGAAAGAUAGAAAAAUUAACAUAGCAGGCAAAGGAACAGAAAGAUAUUCAGCAGAUUAUGGGGUACAGGGGUGAAGAGGGAGUGCCAUUAGUACAGGACUUCCAAUUGGGAGAUGACAAACUGCAGACAGUGAUGGUCAUAUAUUGUGAAUUCUGAAAGCUCAUGGAGAGUACUAUUUAAAGUUUUAAAAUGCUACACUUACAUAGCCACAUUAAAUGCUACACUUACAUAGCCACAUUAAAUGCUACACUUACAUAGCCACAUUAAAUGCCACUUACAUAGCCACAUUAAAUGCUACACUUACAUAGCCACAUUAAAACCAAUCAUGAUGCUCAGCAUAUUUCUUAAAUGUCUUCUUCAUUAAAAGAAGAGUAUCAUGGGUAGACAGCAUAAGGCAUAUGUAAUGAUAAUCUCUACUGAGGCUCCAAAGUCCCAGAUUCAAUCCCCUAAUCCCCUACACCAUCAUAAAUCAGAGCUGAAUGUUGCUGAUUUACAAAAAAAGAAAUCGUCUGUUAUGUAGUAUUGAUAACCCAACUUAAUAUUUUUGGACAAAUAGCUACAAACAAGAAAAUUAGACUGAAUGUGUUAAAAUUAAAAGGUAACUGAUAUAGUUAUAUCUGUACUAAUAAUACUAAAUUAAUUUCCAUGGGACAUUCUAGACGAUGUUCUGUUCAUUGUCUUCUCAAAAUUCAACACAAAUAGAUAUGCAGUAAAUUUUGGAUGCUAAAAUAUAUUAG